GUGGGUAGAGGGUGCUCGGAUCGAUGCGGCGGUCGUCGAGCGCGUUCACGUCGCCGACGACGUUUCGGUCUCGGUCUUUCGGUUCGCCUUCGCUCUCGGUUUCGCGCGGCUCGAUCGUCGUGCGUCCGUUGACGAUUAGCCGAUCGACGAUUACAUGUGUGCGCGUUUUUCCAUAUAUUUACCUCUGUCCGUCUGCCUAUAUACUCGCGGCCUGCCCGGUGUACUACUCUCUUUCUACUCUCGGCUCGAGUCGCGCGAAUUUUGCCCCCUUUUUUUUCUCCACCCCCGGAUCGCGCGUGAUAGAGCGCCGUAUACUACCCUACAUUUCUCUGUUUAUCCGCCCCGAUAAUCGGAGACGUUCCAGAGAUAUCGUCGUCGCGAUAUGAGCACGAGACACACGGCCCCCAGCAACGAUGACAGCUGUCAGAGGGAUGUCGAGGCACCACUGCCGAGCGAUAGGACGUCGCGUGGAUCGCGAGAGUUAAUUGAAAUACCAUCCUCAUGCUUGGCAGCAGCAGUAUUCUUAGGACCACUUUAAAGCCUCCAGGAGCAUGGGCUCGAGCCGAAGAUCCGGCUCCGGUGGGAGCCGGGCAAACGCCGGCGUUCUCAAGGAGCGUGCCAACAUGUCGUUCAUGCUGGUCGUCAUGUUCUUCGCCGUGUUCGGCCUGAUCGUCCUCACGGAGAUAUUCCUGAUCGACGAGAGGCGCGGCGUGAGCGUCGGCGGCACCGGCGUACUCGGGGGUCACAGGAGCGGUCAUCGAUUGCCGGCUGCGCCCGAUCGUCCGGAUUACGGCGAGGUGGGAGCCGAAGAUUACGCCGGUUUGAAGGGUAGCUUUGAUGAGCACGUCGGGUUGUUGGUUCGCGGAGAGGACGCAGGGCAGAAGACGAUAAUACACCCGGAUCCACGUGGCUUACCGAGCUUACCGCCCAGCUUGGAGGCCCGUUUACCGCAGUUGGAUCAGAAUCUGAAGGUUACGCAUGCUGAAUGGUUACCAGUCACCAAUACUAGGUUUAAAUUCUUCGUUUACUCGGCGUAUUUCGACGACAGAGUUAGCGGCGCAGGUACGCCAGCGGGUAAAAGUCAGGGUGUAGUACGCGUGAUCAGCGCUACAAAAACCAGAGGCCCCGAACGCGUCUGGUGUAGACUCUGGUAUCGACAGCAAAACGGCGGAAAUGUCACUGCCUCGGUAACGGUAGCUGCGAAAGUUAAGGUAAUUCGAGAAAAUUGGAAUCUCAAGUACAGUGCCUGCUUCGUGAUAUGUCCGUUGCCUAAAGAAUCUCCGACAAUGGAUAAGGUGCCCGAAGCGGUCAGUGUUGUAGCGAGAUUGCGAGCUGUCCCGACGAAUCGUAUUCUCAUUCAGAAUCGUCUCGAAAACAGAAUGAACGAGAAAGAUGCUCUGGCUGUUUGCGUCAAACCUUUACACUAUUAUUACAAUAGAGUUUUGCAAUUGGUGGAGUUUAUCGAAUUGCACAGACUCUUGGGUGCUACCCACGUCACUCUGUAUAACGAUACUGUAGGCGCGGCAGCCGGUUGCGCACUGAAAUAUUACGAGAAUAAGGAUCUGGUUACAGUAUUACCGUGGCAUCAUCUUGACAUGAUUUCCCAACGAGAGAUUCGUACGGAGGGCCUCUUUGCGGCGCUUAACGACUGCCUCUACCGAUCUAUGUACAAAUAUGAAUAUGUGGCGCUCGUAGAUCUCGAUGAAUAUAUUAUGCCGAGGCAUAACGACACCAUAAUUGAUCUGCUACGGUGGAUGGGAAAUCGGAUCAAUGUUAAGUCUACGGGUGCGUUUUCCUUUCAAAACGCCUUCUUUUAUCUGCAAUGGGCCGAUGAUCCCUUUGUGGUAACUAGUCGCACACCCACCGAGGCUGGUUUGAUCACUCUGAGAAAAACGCGACGCAGGACCAAGUUGCAUCCGCACAAGCAACGUUCCAAGUACAUUUGCAAGCCGCAAGACGUAGUGGAGGCGGGCAAUCAUUUUGUAUGGGAGUUUAUCCCAGGUCAUGGAACUUUGAACGUGCCAUCAGAUGCCGCCAUCUUGCACCAUUAUCGUGUCUGUGAGUUUGGCGGCGACGAUUGCAUUAAAACGCAAUCGACAGUGGAUAGAACGGCCUACAAGUACAGAGAUCGGCUCGCUGCGAAUGUCGACAAGACAUGGAUGGAGCUACGCGCCGAGUGCUCGCUUCCGGAACUCGAUCCGGUACCAGUAUUGACGCCCCGAGUUAAACUCAGCCCGCUCGGCAAAUCGAUCAGGUAGCGAAAGACUAUCGUCGAGAUCCUAUGGGAUAUUGGCAAUUUCACAGGUACACCAAAAGUCGCAAGGACCUAUUUCUACAACUACGGCGGUCCUUAGUUCUCUUGAAAAGAAAGCUGAACUAAGCGGGCUCCUGUCCUUUUUUACCAAAUUCUCAAUGGACUGUUUCUAAAUUUGUAAAAUGGAGGAUAAUACGGGAACUUGUAGAGAUUAUCGCGAAACAAAAAAAAAAGCAAAAAGAAAGAAAAGGAAAGACGCAACGCUUUAAUCGAGACACGGAUUAAUCAUAUUUUUCUACAUGAUGGAUUCUUGAAUGGCUGGCGAAAUUGGAGACAAGUUGCCACAAGUCGAUCGAGUUGUCUUGAUACUACAUGGUGGACUUCCUCCCUUACAGUUUUAUACUCUCUUGUAUCUGUAUCUUUCUCUAAUUCUUUUACUCAAUCAGCAAGUGUGAUCAUUUGCGACAAAAUGUAUUAUUGUUAAAGAGAAUUGUUACGGAGGGCCUAAAUCACGGACUAAAAAAAGCACUUGGUGAUAAACGACGAGCAAGAUUAGAUAUUAACCCUAUUGUACCGUUGUUUCGAGUAAAUUUUUUUUUAAUACUUGUAAAUCCACACAAUGUAUAUCUUACGCAUAUCCAUAGAAUCAAUAAAUAGCAUAGUGAUGUAUGUAUAAUAUGUAUUUAGAAGAGUGUUAGAUAUUCGAUCUGCAGAGACAGAGCCUAGGAGAUAUGCAAUGUUCUCGAAAAAUAUUAUUUCAAAUACAAUCCGUCGGAGAUUUGUUACAAGUCCAAUGUUGAAAGGAUGUGAAUUUACUUAAACAGAGAGAUACUAUGUGUAGUAUCACCUAUAAUAAUUUUUUUCCAACAUUUUAUAACAAGUCUGAAUUUAUUUGUUUUAGUUGUGUGAAAUAUAUAUUUUCUUAUAUAUAUUUCUUCUCAAUACAAAAUCUUGAAUAAUCAUGUUUCGUACGAUAAGUUAUAAUGUAAUCCAAUAAAGGUGGAUUAUUAAGUUGCAGGAUUAUCAGUUCCUAAUUUUUAAUAAAAAAAUAUUUUUUACAUAGGCAAAAAAGUCUGUGAAAAUAUAAAUCUCUUUUUUCUUUUUCAAAAAGAUGAAUAUAUUAAUUUGUUGCGCAAGAGAUUGUAUGAUUAUCUGAUUUAUCAUUGCUAGCUAGAUUAUUUAAGUAACAAAUAAACAGCGAAACAUUUUCGUUGUACGCACACAAGCAAACAUAGGCCGAUGAUGAAGUCGCACAAGUGAAUUUGGUAGAAGGAUAAAAUGUUUCAAAUAGGUACAAUUUGCCCGAUAAUAAGAGGAACAUUAUUGGCAACAGAUUCGGGCUAGCGAUACCGAUUUGUUGCCAAAUGCCGCUGUGGCCGACACGUCUAGCAAAGUCUUUCUAUAUCUUUGUUAAAAUAUAUAAAGGAUCGUGUUUCUUACGCGUUUCUUACACAAGUUUAUGUAUAUAUGUGUAUACAAGCAUGUGCAUACGUGGACACACGUACGUGGCAUAUACGUUAGACCUAAGUUACAUACAUGUGAUCGGUGCUGAGCUACAAUCGACAAUGCGUCGACAUCGACGAUUAUGUUGACGAAAAUAAAUAUGAUAUUAAGACAAAAAAUUUAUACUUGAUUUCCUUGAAUAUUUAUCGCAUUAUUUACA